GCUGCGUUGGAGCGGCCGCAUUGGGCGCGAAGGCAGGACCCGCGAAACGCGAUGCCAAGGCGCAGCUCUCCCGCUAAAAUUGGAAUGGUGUGGGGGCCGGGGCUGGGGCUGCCGGGGUCAAGGGGGUGGAGGGGUGGUUUGGUGCGGAGGUGUCAAGAGGAUUCAUUGACUAAUCGUCACAUUUGGCAAGGAGAAUGCGUCCUGUCAGCGCAGAAUGUGACGGGAUUUGGUCACUCAGGAGCUUAAUUAAGGGGCGGGAAGUGGAGUGGAGUGUUGAGUGGAUUGUUUGGUCGGAAUUUCUGAAGGUCCCACAAGUUCCCUUUUGUAGCUGCUGCCUCGUGAGCCGAAGACAGGCAGCGGGAGUGAGAGAGUGAGGGAGAGAGAGGGCGAGGGCACUUGGACCCCACCGGGCUUCUACCAUUACAUCACUCUGCCUCGGAUCGUACCUGCUGCUGCACCUAGUGGGGUACGAGUCGACAGUAGCUGCUGCCAUUGAGCUGAGGCAGAGCUCGAGAAAGAGAGGGAGGGAGAGGGAAAGACUCCUUGACUUGAUCUCUCAUUGGAGUCCAGCGCGUUGAGCUCGUAGGAGGAGGGACCUCUCUGGUGUUCGCUCCGUCUGUCACCAGGAGGGACUAUUUGUCGUGCCGAGCCUACAUGUCCGUGUCCUGUUCGACAAGCCUCACCUGCUGGUAUUAUCACAAAUUCCGCCUUAUGACUGCUCUCUGUCGGUUCCUUGAGGCGCGGAAGCCAUUUCGAGGGGUCUAGCUUUCAGGAGGGCCAAGUCGGUGGAAGUCGUGUGUGUGAAACCUCCUUGCAUGGUCACAGCUUUAAAACACAGUAAUUUCUCUGGUCGGCGUCAGCACAGCUCGACUCAGUCAGCCGGAUGCGAAUUGUCACGCUCGCCGAUUAUCAGUUCCAAUUGAGGUACGAUAGAAUUCUCAGCUCGUGUGGAAGGCACCUGUUGGACCAGGGGAAUCGAUGGGUACUUGUGAAGCGACUACUGACAUUCAUUGACACACAUGUUCUGAGUUUCAGUACUUCCGCAUGCCAGCUAGAGCAAUGCCCGUGAAAAUUCUCAGAGGACCUAUCGACACCUGGUCCUCGAUGAUCAUCUGGCAGCACGAGAAGAAGCUCUCAAUCUGACCCGAAGGAGCUGAUUUCAACCCUGUACCCGCCGAACAGGUAGCUCCUGCGCAACAUUUGCCCUGACGCCGCAUCCUCUGUAUGGAGCUGUAUGGGCAUGGGCCGAGACAAUGUAGUUGUGAUGACCGUCAAAGCGGGGAUUUCACCAUGUAAUUAGCUUCGUGCCCAGAGCCUCCCACUCGACGAAUCCUCUGAAAGCGCUGCUCGCUAUGUGCACGCAGCUGGGACACGAGGCCCGUACACAUCGUCUAAACUAGGCAGAUAGAUAUUCCAGAAUCGAGAAGAGAGCACUGCCUGCUGCUCUGAACGAGCUCUGUAGGUUCUGUGAAAGAGGGAUUCUCGACUCCACCCCCUUCCCCCUCAUGCCCCAGAGAGAGAGAGAGAGAUAGAGCUCAGGCUUGACUUCACAAGGAGAACUGGCUGGCUCCUUGACUAGCUGACUCAUCACGGAGUGGAGUUGACGACGACUUCUUCAGCACAAUGGAGUUUCUUCUGUAGAGAGACUAGCGGAGGUCGCGGGGCCAUGCCUGUGCGUGCGGCCUGGGACAGCUUCACUAACAGACCGAUCGUUCGCUCUCAUUGUUCUUCGUCCCGGAGCCCCGGUUUGUCACAGAGGAAGAGCGAAUGCUUAGCUCGUGGUGGAGUGCUGCGAUGACUCCACCAUCGACACUCAGCGUGGGAAGAGCUUCGGAGCUAGGCGAGAGGACGAAAGCUGAGAGCUGCGGCGGCAUUUCAUCUCGGCGGCGGGGCAGCAUGACGAGGGAGCUUCGGAGGCUCUCCAGAGCGAGGCGGUGGAUAUCCGGCCUGCUUACACUCUCAUGCUUGGUCGACCUCGCAUCGGCUUAUCCGCUAUGCACUUCCAUGGAGGCUCCUGUGAAAUACUCGCAAAAUCUGGGAUUCUGCACUGCGACGGAGUACAGGGACAAGGGCUGCUGCUCGCCUCGAGAGGACAACCGGACGAAGAUGACUUUCGACUCCAUGAACAUCACCGACGCCAACUGUGCGGCCAUCGUGAAACAGAUUCUGUGCGCGAAAUGUGAUGCAUUUUCGGCCACUCUGUUCGGGCACAUGAACCAGGAGAACAGGAAGAUUCCAUACCUGUGCACGAAAUCGUCGAAAUCGAACCUGACCACGACGACGGGCCAGAGCUACUGUCAAGAUGUGUGGGAGGCCUGCGCCAGCGUGCCGAUGAAGAACUCCAUCUUCGCGCCCGUCUUGCUGCCGGGAACAUCGCCAUCGCCGAGCUCGUCGUCCAACAGGAAUUUGGCGGCCCAGGACGGAUCCCUCGGCAGCGUCUUCAAAUCCAAGGACCAAUUCUGCGCCGUGAUGGGACCGUCGGCUUCGGCGGGAGACGAGUUCUGCUUCGAUGGUGCUCCCUUCUCAGCGCCUCCGGCCCCGUCGAAUUUCACCUUCCCUCAAGACAUUUGCGUGGAGAAGGUCGGCGAGGAUGCGUAUCUGAACCUGGUUCCAUUCCCCGAUGGCUCGAAUCGAGCAGCCGUGUCCAAUCAAGCCGGCACUGUGUGGCUGGCCACCAUCCCCGAGCCCGGCAAGGCCAUGGUCUACAACAUCAGUGCGCCUUUUCUCGACAUCAGCGACCGAGUGACGAACGAGAACGAGCUUGGCUUCCUCGGAUUCGCCUUCCACCCCGACUUCAAGACCAAUGGUCGCUUCUUCGUGUCCUACAACUGCGACAAGCAAAAGUGGGCCGAUUGCGGCGGCACCUGCGCCUGCAACAAGGAGACCAACUGCAAUCCGUCCGACCUGCGCAGCGGCCAGCUCGGCGGCGAUGGCGGCACCAACCCCUGCCGCUACUCCAGCAUCAUCGCCGAGUACACCGUGAACUCGUCGGUCGAUCCCUCUGCGUCGCCUCUCAAGGCGGAAGUGGCGAAUCCGCUGGAGGUGAGGCGCAUUUUCACGAUGGCGCUACCCUAUUCGACGCACCAUGCCGGAGGGCUUCUGUUCGGGCCGCUCGACAAUUACCUCUACUACAUGCUGGGAGACGGAGGCAACACCGGCGACCCCUUCAAUUUCGCCCAGAACAAGAAGUCCCUGCUCGGGAAAAUCUUGAGAUUGGAUGUCGACAAUCUUCCCAGCGCCACUCAAAUCACCGAUCAGGGAUUGUGGGGAGAGUACACUGCUCCGAAAGACAAUCCAUUCUUCGGUCAAAAUGGAUCACGUCCUGAAAUCUGGGCUCUGGGAUUACGCAACCCAUGGCGCUGCACUUUCGACUCCCAGAACCCGACCUACAUGUACUGCGGUGAUAUCGGCCAGGAGAGAGUGCAAGAAGUGAACUUGAUAUCGAAGGGAGGCAAUUACGGGUGGCGCAUAUUCGAGGGAAACUCGACGUACGUGCCUCCGAUUUCACCGGGAGGAAACACGAGCGCCAGAUCUGUGCAGGCCAUUUUCCCGAUUCUGCAGUACGUUCACGAUCAGCCGGAGCUGAUGGGCGGACCUUCUGCCAUCACUGGGGGCUACGUGUCGUAUUCUCGCGAGGAUCCAUGUCUGUAUGGAAAAUAUGUCUACGCUGAUUUGUUCGGGACGAUGUGGGCAUCAUCCGAGGUGCCCAAAUACAGCGGGAAUUUCCGGUCGUCGCAGAUCAAUUACCUCUGCUCGGCCUCAUCGCCGCUUAAUUGCACGCUCGAGGGCAACAGCACGUCGCCCGAGUUGCAAGAGAUCUUAUCGUUCGGGCUCGACAAAAGCGCCAACUUCUACAUUCUGGCGUCCAACGGCGUGUACAGAGUCGUGCAUCCGCAGAACUGUGGCAGAGUGUGCACGGAGGUCUUACCUGCGCUGCCACCAAUCGGAGCUCCCGCCCCCUCCGGCAGUCCUUCGUCCACAGGCGCUUCGUCUCCGGGCCCUGCACCUGCGCAAAACAGCGCCCGCAGCUCAAGAUCUCAAUUCCUGCACAUCUCGUUCGCGCUCACGCUGGCGGCUCUUGGAUCAGCUCUCGGCUUCAUUCUAUAGACUCGUAGAAUGCACGCACCGGUCCCGCCCUUGGCUGAUCUCGAAUUUUAGUAGGUGACAGGGUUUCCUUCCCACCUCGACCGCCAAUUGGCUGCAGCAGAAGUGGAAACCUCAGUGCAGGGCUUCAGGUCGAAUUGAAUCGCCGUGGCCGAAUUCCGAAUCCUCGUCGAUCGGUUCUCGGCGUGUACUUUAAAUACAAGGGCCAAGGGCUUCUUCACCCGAAGGUGAAGGCGGCGGCCCCUUCUUCUCCAGCAGCUGCUGAGAUCGUCAGAGGGCCUCGGAGAAUGUGGAAUUGGAGUGCGGUGCCCAAUUUCCCGAGUGUGCAUUAAUUUAGGUCCACGGGAGAAAGAGGCAAAUAUUGUUUGCACGAGAGCGAGGGCCUCGGUCGCGCCGUUAGGGCAGCGAACGGGGCCAGGAGAAAUUUUGAUGCAGCCCGAGCAGUGGCCGUGUACAUGUUCCCCACCGGUAACGCUGAUUCCUGUACAGCGAUGUCCGUCCGUUCUUAAACACGAAAUCAGCGG